ACGGCAUGCAACCGCUUGCAGUAAUGGCGGCGCCCUGUGCGAUUUUGUACCCUCUGUACACAUGACAAAAAAGCUGAUAUUACCACAAUAUUGUAACUUUAUCCACAACUACAUAGGUCGAGAAGACGACAAAACGCCAUCUUCUUCAUUACUGAACGCACAGAGGAAACAGCAACUGGACAAUUUAACGUUAAAGGAGAGGGGGCAACUGCAAGUGUCAGACAACUGCCUGACGUUUAGUCUGUCAAAUCCACGUGGCUUCGUUGACACAGAAUGAGCUAAAAGCACACAACUGUCUCUCAUGUUGCUACGGAAGCUCCUAUUGAAGCCCAGUCUCCCACAAUUCCCAAUCUGUAGGACAGCCUGUGAUAUCCCUCUUAAGAAGUAUGAUGUCAUUGUGGUGGGAGGAGGUCAUGCUGGGACAGAGGCGGCUGCUGCAGCAGCCCGGGUAGGGGCAGAGACUCUGCUCAUUACUCAGAAAAUACAAACCAUAGGAACUUUGUCCUGUAACCCUUCCUUGGGUGGAGUGGGGAAAGGGCAGCUGGUCCGUGAGGUGGACUCCCUGGAUGGGCUUUGUGGUCGUGCAGGGGACUGGGCUGGGGUCCACUUCUCCAUUCUCAAUCGCAGGAAAGGUCCAGCUGUCUGGGGCCCCCGGGCCCAGCUGGAUCGAGAACGAUACAGACAAUUCAUCCAGACAGAGCUACUUGCCACACCCAGGCUGACAGUGCUGGAGGGCUCAGUGGAGGACCUGCUACUUUCAGACCCUAACCCAGAUCAGCCUGGUCAACACAGAGUCACUGGAAUUCGGUUGGUGGAUGGUGGCCAGCCCGUCUCCUCCAACUCUGUAGUUUUGACCACCGGCACCUUCCUCUCUGGCUCCCUCUUCAUGGGUCAAACCACCUCUCCAGGGGGGAGAAUUGGGGACCCCCCGUCCUGUCCUGGGCUCUCCCACAGCUUGAGGGAGAAAUUGGGCUUGAGGACUGGCCGGCUGAGAACUGGAACUCCGCCACGCAUUGUUAAGAAGACGGUUGAGCUCUCUCUUGCACAGAUUCAUCCACCUGACAAACAGCCCACUCCAUUCAGCUACCUCAACAAAAAAACACAUUGCAAGCCUGAGGAGCAGCUGCCCUGUUAUCUCACCCACACCACCCCUGGAGUGGAGAGAGUAGUCAUGGAGGGUCUGCGUCUCAACUCUCAUAUACAGCAGGAUACCAAGGGUCCCAGGUACUGUCCCUCCAUCGAAUCGCGGGUGCUGCGGUUUCCGGGGAGGUCGCACCAGGUGUGGCUAGAACCCGAGGGCUUGACCUCUGACCUGCUCUACCCACAAGGCCUUUCCAUGACCCUGCCCCCUGAACUACAGCUCCGCCUCCUGAGAGAGAUCCCAGCUCUGCAGAGGGCAGAGAUACAAACGCCUGGUUAUGGGGUGCAGUAUGAUUUUGUGUGCCCCACCCAGCUGUCUCCCUCUCUGCAGGUGAAGAGAGUUCAGGGAUUGUUCUUAGCUGGACAGAUUAAUGGGACCACUGGGUACGAGGAGGCAGCCGCACAGGGCCUGUGGGCGGGCGUUAAUGCGGGUCGGACUGCCCUCUCCUUGCCUGCCCUCUCCCUCUCCCGCACGCAGAGCUACAUCGGAGUUCUGAUAGACGACCUGGUAUGCCGGGGGGUGACCGAACCGUACCGCAUGUUCACCAGCCGCGCCGAGUUCAGAACCGCCCUCAGGCCGGACAAUGCCGACCUGCGGCUCUCUCCCAGAGGGUUCGAGGAAAUCGGCUGUGUGUCCGCGCACCGUUACGAGGAAGCGGUGAGAGUGAGGGACAGCCUGAGGGAUGCGCUGAGCGCCUUGCGGUCCAUCUCCAUGUCCUCCACCAGAUGGAGGGAGAAAAUGGGAGACGUGAACGUGAGCGAAAGCAGGAGCACCAUGCCGAGUGCUCUAGAUCUCUUACAGUACAAUGGGGUGACCUUUGAGAUGCUGGCCUCUGCUUUCCCAGAGUGCCUUUCAAUGUACCUGGAGUUCUCGCAGAGAUUAAAGAUCGAAGCUAUAUACCUCCCCCACUGUGAGAGGCAGAAGCGGGAGAUGGAGAGAAUGAGGGAGGAAGAGAGUCUCUCUCUGCCUCUGGACGUAGACUACUUUUCUCUUCCAAUCUCUCUUUCCCAGGAGGUCAGAGAAGUGCUGGACCACGCUCGACCACACACUCUGGGAGCUGCCACCCGUUUACCAGGAAUGACUCCCGCAGCCAUUGUUCACCUCCUCAAUUAUGUUCGCAAAUCAGGGCAGGAGAGACAUGAAGAGAGAAGCCAACGUAUAGAAAUGACAGCUUUUGAGAAGGAAGGAGGGCUUUAAAAACUGCAUAAAGACAUUUGUGUAAAAAAAGUAAUUCUAUUUCAAAAUGGAUGACAAACAUUUCUUUUUACAAAAAUAUUCACAUUUUCUUUGAUUUUUGUUUUUAAAUAUCUCAACAAUGAUAACCAGCAUGGUAUCGUGUUUUUUCAUACCAUGUACUAUGGGGGAAACUAAGAGCUAUACACUCUGUACUCAGUGGGAGUAUCAUGACUGUAGUGAUUGGUAUGAGGUCAAAAUUCUACAGUAUCACUGACAGUAGAAAAGUUAAAAAGCAGAGAAUGCCCCAUGCUGCCCCCUCAUGUUCACAGUGGUUUGUCACAAGUCCGGCGUCCUGCUCCUCUGCUCCUCGGGAAAAAAACCCAAAAGGGAAUUUCCACUGUGGCUCUGGCUUGCCUCUGGGGGAUUCUGGGUAACCGGUGGUGUCAGAGAAUGUCACCUCAGUUGUAACCGUCAGUGGAGAGGUCAGAGGGCACUGAAAGAGAUUAGCCAACACACAUAUAUGCAGGCACUUUCAUGGCAGCAGUACUGCAUUAACAUGUGUCUGUAUGACCAUAUGGAAAACUAACUGUGAUGGUGCGUACUGUGCUGAGGGGAUACGGAAAAGUUUUACCUUUACGUUCUGACAUCGGAAAAUAAAUUUUGCUCCUAAUAUUUGA